UAGCUGGACGGCUACAAUCACGGUAUUUAUUAUAGGUGGCCACUGGCCUGCCUCAGGGCCAGGCUAAAAUUACUACCAGAGAGAGAGAGAGAGAGAGAAGGCGUUCAUAACAUAGAAAUAGAUCACCAGAUUCAAAGAUGACUCACUUUGGUUCCCACGAAGAAACGUGUCUGUUUUCUCCUCCCCAGUCAACCUCCGCCUUCCACCACCACCUCUCUCUCUCUCUCUCUCUCUCUCUCUCUCUCUCUCUCUCUCUCUCUCUCUCUCUCUCUCUCUCUCUCUCUCUCUCUCCUAUGGCUCCAUCGGCGGAAACUGAAUACGGCGACAAUGUGGAGGUGCCCGACAACAAAUCUAGAGUCACGGUUGUUGGUAGUGGAAAUUGGGGGAGCGUGGCUGCAAAACUCCUAGCUUCCAACACCCUCAAACUGUCCUCCUUUCACGAUGAAGUGCUGAUGUGGGUGUUCGAAGAGGUAUUGCCUAGUGGAGAGAAACUCUCAGAGGUCAUCAAUCAAACCAAUGAGAAUGUUAAGUACCUUCCUGGUAUAAAACUUGGCAGAAAUGUUGUUGCAGUUCCAGACCUUGAACAUGCAGUUAGGGAUGCAAACAUGUUAGUUUUUGUCACCCCACAUCAAUUCAUGGAGGGUAUAUGUAGCAGACUAGUUGGAAAGAUAAGGGAAGAUGCAGAAGCAAUUUCCCUCAUCAAAGGAAUGGAGGUCAAGAUGGAAGGUCCAUGCAUGAUCUCUACCCUAAUAACAGAACAGCUUGGAAUUAAUUGUUGUGUUCUAAUGGGGGCAAAUAUUGCUAAUGAGAUUGCAGUGGAGAAGUUCAGUGAAGCGACAGUGGGAUACAGGGAGAACAAAGAGAUAGCAGAGAAAUGGGUUCGGCUAUUCAGUACUCCUUAUUUCAUGGUCUCAGCUUGUCAAGACGUGGAGGGAGUUGAACUAUGCGGGACCCUGAAAAAUGUGGUGGCAAUAGCAGCAGGUUUUGUUGAUGGUUUGGAAAUGGGAAAUAACACAAAGGCUGCGAUAAUGAGAAUGGGUUUAAGAGAAAUGAAGGCCUUUUCCAAGCUCCUUUUUUCAUCGGUUAAGGAUAGCACCUUUUUUGAAAGCUGUGGUGUAGCUGACCUUAUAACAACUUGCUUAGGUGGAAGAAACAGGAAAUGUGCAGAUGCUUUUGCUCGGAAUGGCGGAAAAAGGUCUUUCGAUGAGCUUGAAGCUGAGAUGCUGCAGGGCCAGAAAUUACAGGGUGUCUCGACAGCAAAGGAAGUUUACGAGGUGUUAAGACAUCGCGGAUGGUUAGAGUUGUUCCCACUCUUCACGACAGUGCAUGAGAUCUGCAUCGGUCGUCUUCCACCAACAGCCAUAGUUGAAUACAGCCAAAGUUGAAAACAGCCAUAGUUGAAUACAGUGCAUGAGAUCUGCAUCGGUCGUCUUCCGCCAACAACUAUAGUUGAAUACAGCCAUAGUCGAUCGCAGCCCAAAUUAUGACGGGUUUGCUUAUACUAAUUCUCAUAUAUAGCACACUGCAAUCUAAAUGUUGCUCUAGUUUCUUCACCAGUGCAACAAUGUAUAAGACCAUAAGGAACCUUGUCUUAUCAAUUCAUAUAAUACCAUUUGGUGAUUACGCCGCA